CUCGGGGGAGGAAUAGAAUAAUGUGGUGAUAUUUUUAUUUCCGCAACAAAUGAUUUGAUCAGUUUUAAGAUUAAAAGGCAUACGGUAAUUACACCAUUAAUGUCUCUAUCUUCGCGUCCCUGUGUAAAUUCGCGUUAUCAGUUUUCGGCGUGGUUUUACAGCCUAGACGGAAAAUGAGGUAAAUUAUAUAGUUCUCAGACUACUGAGUACAAUUAAGUUGAUAUAAAAGUUUGUCUUACAUAUUCAUGAUUUAGUCACAAAAACGUUAAGCACUCAAGAAAGCGAGUCAGUUGAUUAUUUCCACAGAGUCGAGAGCAGCAACUUGGAACGAAUUCUGUACAAUUGCAAGGAAAUCAUCGGAACCAUGAAAUUCUCAUAUGCCUGGGCCACUGUGUGGAGCAUUGUUGCCCUUAUUUAUCUUAGGUUGAGUAUGGUUUUGGUCUCCAAGGAUGCACAAAGAAGCUAUGCCAGCUUGCCACCUUUCGGAAAUUUUGGGAAUCCUGAAGGUCUGAAAAUCCCUGGAGUGACUGAAGGAUGUCGUGCCUAUGUCACAAAGAAAGCACAGACUUGUAUCAUGGGUUUGGUGACAGAACUUUCUGGAAUAACAGCAGAGAAGGGCUCAUGUGAAUG